GUACUUUUAACAAUGUCUCCACCAACACAAGUAGCUAGUCAUCGACAUUGGUUAUCAACUGGCCCCACAGUGCCUCAAAAUUCGUCCGAAUCUUGACUCAUCUCUUGAGUCCUUAUUGCGAGCUUUGACGUACAUUCGUUCUUCUUGUCUGGCAUGUACAAUAACUUGCAUGACAUACUUCGUCACCAUGGUCAUUUUCCCUACUCAACAAUCAGCGUUGGCGGGACCUACCUCAGGGCACGACGACUCUCACCUUGUUCGGGAAACAUACUUAAGGACUUACCCAGGCAGCAUGACAAUCAUCAUCUACUUCCUGCCUGCCAUCCAUCCCGACUUGAAACCCAUCCACCAGUACCCAUUUUUAUAGUCACCGAUACUAUUCUCCAAUGACUUUUAAUCUCGCAAAUGUCAAUGUACUUGAUCUGACAGGAAGUGUCGUGAAGACUGGCAAUCAUGCAAUCGGCAGGGGAAACUUCGCAGACGUGUGGAAGGGACUUCACACCGAGUGGAAUGGUAGAGUUACUAUCGUAGCGGUGAAGAUCUUGAGACCAGCACUGUUGUCAGACAGGCGUCUUGCGACGAAAACUAUACGAAAAAUUUUGCGAGAGGCAAAAGUUUGGAGUACACUGAAUCAUCCCAACGUGGCUCAAUUCAAGGGUGUGUGUUAUGGACAAGAUAUAGGAGGGUAUGGGUAUUAUAUUCCCUACCUGGUAUCAGUGUUUUAUGAGAGAAGAACACUGAAAGACAAUCUGGAAUAUAUCCAGAACGACCACCAGAGAUUGAGACUUCUUCGCAAGUUUUUUUCUGGAUUAGCAUAUUUGCACCGCAACAAUGUCAUCCAUGGAGACCUCAAACCUACAAACGUUCUUCUUGACGACUCUUUUAAUCCAGUUUUGACGGAUUUCGGCCUUUCCCGUGUCCUUGAAGCUUCUGGCUUCACAACGACGAAUAUAAAAGCGGUUGGCACGUUUCGUUACAUGGCGCGCGAGUUGAUGAAUCCCACGCACCAUUCGACAACAGCACCACUACCCACCGUGCAAUCAGAUGUCUGGUCGGCAGGCAUGACGGGUCUAGAGAUUUUAUCUGGCCUUAUGCCGUACGCCGAUAAGACGGGGGAUGCCGAGCUAAUCUAUUGUAUCUGUCAACAAAGGGGAAAACCCAGCAGGCAUCUUUACCCUCGAGUACAAAAUGGGACAUGGUCAAUGCUGAAGGCCUGCUGGGCAGAUGAGGGGAUGCGACCGGCUGUAUCCGAAUUGAUAAGGUAUUUGGAUAAGCUCUGUCCAGGCUUGCAGUAUUAAGCCAUACGAUGUGAAACUGUCACAUAUGUAGAUACAGAACGUCCUUCCCUGCAUAGGUUAUAUAUAACACGGACUUGACGAAUAAUACUAUAGUUUUGGCUUUACAUCAGUAGUGGAUCCGUCAUCUUCUAAGACCGACUUUGCCAAUCGACCAACCAAAGGAAACAAUUGUGGGUAAAUGAAAGCUUUUUCCGAGCUUGCCUGCCGCUGCGCAUAUCUCGCAGCAAUACCUUGCGUGAUUAUAGCAAGCUUAAAAAUAACCAAGUCAAGAUAUGCUGUCCCGUACCAGGGUAUAGUACGUACUCGGAAGAGCAUCCAACUACGGA